GGUCAAGACACGAUGGGCGAAUCACUCAUCGCAGUAAUUUGUGUCUGUGACAUAUCACCUCCAAUCAUCUCACCUAUCCUCACUAAAGCCUACCAAUGUGCCAUUGAUCUCGACUCCUCUCCAACACUCCUAUUUCUGCCCGACAACAAUAGGAACACGCUUCAUCAAUACACCAGGAGCUCAGUGACCCAUCCUCCCAUUGAAUCUCCAUUCAGAUCCCCGUUUCUUGGAUGGAGUAUUCACGAUGUCGCCCAAUUCCUGAAUGAUAACGCAGAUGGGAGCAUUGUUGACUCACGUGUGUUCCUUAUUGCGGAUGAGGAGACAACAAGAGACGGAGAUACGCUCUUGUUGGUGCAGAGUUCGGGACAGGGAGAGGAUGAGGACAGACUUGCACUGAAGUGUGUGCGUGUUGCUGCUGAACAUGUGAAUACUGAAGCAGUGGCUGUAUCAGUUGCUACAAAAGAUGUGGAGGAGUUAUUGAGCUCAGUUGAUGGGGAUUGGAUUUAUAGAGGUAGGAGGGGAGGCAGAGACGGUCAUAAGCCGAAAAAGGGAGGGAAAGCGCCGAAAAAACAGUUAUGAGCUGUAUCCGAGACAGGAGUUGUGGUGUGCUUUGAGUCGUCAGUGUCAUUCUGGUUAAACUGCCUCAUUAGGACAUAGUUUUCUGGCUGCGAUAUCCUAACAAAGGAUGUGAGUCGACAAUGUAGCGGUGAUAUAUUCGUGGACCUUACUGUUGGGAAGUAAGGUCGGCCGUUCGCAUAGAGUAGUGCUAUUCAUCAAAAUGGCCGUUGAACAGCAAUUGAAAGAACUAAGC